UUUCCAGGGACAAUCCGACAGCUGCGCUGCAGACCGACUGAGCAACAACGGGUAGAGACGGGAAGUGCGGGACGGGGCAGCGGUUGUAAGCACGAGAGGAAAUGGUAGCCUCGCCGAAGUCGUUUAGAGCAACGUUGGUUCGGCAUACCACACAAUGAAUGUUUCGCCUAUGUGUCGAUUUUCAUUUCACGAAGAACUCUGCUGACUUCAAAGUGGACCAGUUGGGGGAUUGGCGAGUGCACAGUGCCUUUGUGCCAAUUGGAGAGUCUCUGGCGCUGCUGGCUGCAAGCGGCAGUAGUUUUUUUCUCUCCGUGAUUUCAUUGAUAACAGAUUUCUGGUGGUUCUGUGCAUUUCACCUUAUUUAUUGUGACUUUAAAACAAUGGACUUGAUCACUCAUCCGGAUUUUUGAUAUUAUUUCAGAAAUACUGGCACUAUCACACAUUUCUUGUUCUCCUUCAUAUAGCCACUUUAUGGGUGGGAUGCAACAACCCUUGUUCUAGGAGGACAGUGGGAAGAAUUGUUGGCAAGUUUUGAAGUUCUUAACUGGCUGCCCACAGGCACUCUCCGAAGAUUCCAAAAUGUCCAAUACUCCAAAGUUCAAGAAAGACAAAGAAAUAAUCACGGAAUAUGAAAGUCAAGUCAAAGAGAUCCGUGCUCAGCUGGUGGAGCAGCAGAAGUGCAUGGAGCAGCAGACGGACAUGCGGGUGCAGCUGCUGCAGGACCUGCAGGACUUCUUCCGGAAGAAGUCGGAGAUCGAGAUGGAGUACUCGCGCAACCUGGAGAAGCUCGCCGAGCGCUUCAUGGCCAAGACGCGCAGCACCAAGGACCACCAGCAGUACAAGAAAGACCAGAACCUGCUGUCCCCUGUGAACUGCUGGUACCUGCUGCUGAACCAGGUGCGGCGGGAGAGCAAGGACCACGCCACGCUGAGCGACAUCUACCUCAACAACGUCAUCAUGCGCUUCAUGCAGAUCAGCGAAGACAACACACGCCUGCUCAAGAAGAGUAAAGAGAUUGCCUUUCAGCUGCAGGAGGACUUGAUGAAGGUGCUGAACGAGCUCUAUACGGUGAUGAAGACGUACCACAUGUACCACACGGAGAGCCUGAGUGCGGAGAGCAAGCUGAAGGAGGCGGAGAAGCAGGAGGAGAGACAGAACCCCGUCUUCCACCUCAGGCUGGAGGACAAGCACCCCCGACGCAGCUCCGUCAAGAAGAUGGAGAAGAUCAAGGAGAAGCGGGCUGCCAAGUACUCGGAGAACAAGCUGAAAUCCAUCAAAGCGCGGAACGAGUACCUGCUGACGCUGGAAGCCACCAACUCCUCGGUGUUCAAGUAUUACAUCCACGACUUGUCGGACCUAAUUGAUUGCUGUGACCUGGGCUACCACGCCAGCCUGAACCGGGCGCUGCGUACCUACCUGUCGGCGGAGUACAACCUGGAGACGUCGCGGCACGAGGGCCUGGACAUCAUCGAGAACGCGGUGGACGGCCUGGACCCCCGCAGCGACCGCCAGCGCUUCAUGGAGAUGUACCCCAGCGCCUUCUGCCCGCCCUCCAAGUUCGACUUCCAGCCCCACAUGGGCGACGAGGUGUGCCAGAUCACAGCCCAGCCGCCCGUCCAAGCCGAGCUCAUGCUUCGCUUCCAGCAGCUGCAGUCUCGCCUUACCACGCUCAAGAUCGAGAACGAGGAGGUGAAGAAGACAUCGGAGGCCACCCUGACGACCAUCCAGGACAUGGUGACGGUGGAGGACUAUGACGUAUCGGACAGUUUCCACCACAGCCGCUCCACCGAGUCGGUGCGCUCCAGUGUGUCGGAGACCUACCUGAGCAAACCCAGCCUGGCCAAGAGGAGAGCCAACCUGCAGGAGACCGAGCAGUUCUACUUCAUGAAAUUCCGAGAGUUUCUGGAAGGCAGCAAUCUCAUCUCCAAGCUGCAGGCCAAACACGACCUGCUGAAGCGAGCGCUGGGAGAAGGUCAUCGAGCUGAAUACAUGACCACAAGGCCCCCCACUCUGCCCCCUAAGCCGGGCUGCACGAUGAGGCGGCCGCGGCCGCGCUCCGUCUUUAGUGUAAAGCUCUUUAACGGCAACCUGGAGUCAUACAUCAAGGACUCUGGUCAAGCCAUCCCGCGAGUGGUCGAAAGCUGCAUCAGGUUCAUCAAUCUGUAUGGCUUGCAACAUCAGGGAAUAUUCCGUGUGUCUGGAUCACAGGUGGAAGUCAACGACAUCAAGAACUCUUUUGAGAGAGGCAACGACCCCUUGGUGGACGAGGAGAACAACCAUGACAUCAACUCGGUGGCGGGAGUGCUGAAGCUGUACUUCAGGGGGCUGGAGAACCCCCUCUUCCCCAAAGAGCGCUUCAAUGACCUCCUCACCUGCGUCAGAAUAGAGAAUCUCUAUGAGAGGGCCCUGUACGUCCGCAAGAUCCUCCUGACUGUUCCCAGAUCUGUGCUGAUCGUCAUGCGGUACCUCUUUGCCUUCCUCAACCAUCUCUCCCAGUAUAGCGAUGAGAACAUGAUGGACCCCUAUAACCUGGCCAUCUGCUUCGGCCCCACCCUGAUGCCCACCCCCGACCUGCUCGACCAGGUGUCCUGCCAGGCGCACGUCAACGAGGUCAUCAAGACCAUCAUCAUCCACCACGAGACCAUCUUCCCCGACGCCAAGGAGCUGGACGGGCCUGUCUACGAGAAGUGCAUGGCCGGCGGAGACUACUGCGAAAGCCCGUACAGCGAGCACGGAGUCCUGGAGGAAGUGGACCAGGAAGGGGGAGCCGAGACGCACACCAGCGAGGACGAGGGGGAACCCAUCGAGGCCAUUGCCAAGUUUGACUACGUGGGCCGCUCUGCGCGGGAGUUGUCCUUUAAGAAGGGGGCGUCUCUGCUGCUGUACCAGCGGGCAUCAGAUGACUGGUGGGAGGGGCGCCACAACGGCAUCGACGGCCUGGUGCCUCACCAGUACAUAGUGGUGCAGGACAUGGACGACACCUUCUCUGACACGCUGAGCCAGAAGGCUGACAGUGAAGCCAGCAGCGGACCCAACAACGACGACAAGAGCUCAGGCAAAGACAUGACCAGCCCCACAGACACCCGGAUACAGGAGGCUUACAUCAGCCGGCAUCGGAAGCGUAGCGACCCCCCUUCCCGCCACCCCCCUGGUCGCCCGGGCGACACCCACUGCUCGGUGCACCCCUCCUCCUCAGACGGAGGCUCCCCGGUGCUGAGCCACUACGGGCCCCGUGACCUGCUGAGGAGCCGGGGCCACGGCGGCUCGCACAUGGGCCACGGGCCCCAGGACAGCCCAGAGAGGCGCCGGCGCACGGGCCACGGCUCGCUCACCAACAUCAGCCGGCACGAGUCCCUGCGCAAGCUAGAGAGCCCGCCCAUCCGGCGUUCUACCUCCUCUGGCCAGUACACCGGCUUCAGCACGCAGGACUCGCACCCGCACUCACACUCGCACCCGCACCCGCACCACCCCAAGAGCCUGGACCCGGAGAGCAUCGCACAGGACAUAGAGCAGACCAUGAACACGGCGCUGAACGAGCUUCGCGAGUUGGAGCGCCAGAGCUCAGUGAAGCACGCGCCCGACGUGGUGCUGGACACCCUGGAGCAGGUCACCAAGCACCAGCAACCCCCUCCGCCAUCACCAGGGGGCGCUGGUGAGCCCCUCAGCCCACUGCACCACCACGGCAUGAUGCACGGACAUCACCAUCGGCACAGCGGUGGCACCAGCCCCGGCGAUGCCACCCCUGCCAUGCGCCGCAGUGCCAGCUCCAACUCCAACAACAGCAGCGGUGGCAGCGACGCCAUGACCACCUUCAAGCCGGCCGUGGCGCCCCGUAUGGGGGUACAGCUCAAGCCGCCGGCCCUCAGGCCCAAGCCCAUGGUGCUGCCCAAGACUGCCGCCCCUCCGCACCCACAUGCGCACCCCCAGCCCUCCGCCCCGCCACCACCUCAACAGGAGGCCGUGGAUAAGUCAUGCACCAUGUGAAGGGUGGGUGGGCGGUUUGUAGGGGCGGGCUGGGAAUUUUAGAUUUUGAGUGUGGGGGAUUUUUGGAAAGGGGAUGGGGGGUGCAUUCUGAUGGGACUUGAAUACAAGCCUGCUGCUUCUUGGACUGUUGUGGACCAUUAUGUAAUCUCUGACUGAGAAAUCAGAGCCAAUAGUCUGACCAUGUGGGAUGACUUAAUAGGACCACUGAAGUGUGUGUGUGUGUGUGUGUGUGCGUGUGUGUGUGCGCGCGUGCGCGCGUGCGCGCGUGCGCGCGUGCGUGCGUGUGUGUGUUGGGAGGUGGCUUUUUUAUUUGAAGUAAAUAGAGUAGCUAUGUAAAAUUGACAUUUAUGAAAUGCUAACAAUAUUACUGAUAUUACUGUUGAUCAUGAAUACUAUCUAACUUAGACAGCCCGACUUUGUCAACUUUGUCAAUGUUUUAAGGAGCUUUUUUUGGAAAAUAACAACAUAGUUUAUAAGA